AUGGCGGGACUCGGCUCGGUGGCCCUCAACGGGUCAUCACCGAAGAAAGUCGCCUACUUUUACGAUUCUGAUAUUGGAAACUAUGCCUAUGUCACCGGCCACCCCAUGAAGCCUCAUCGUAUUCGAUUAGCCCACAGUCUGAUUAUGCAGUACGGCCUGUACCAGAAGAUGGAGAUUUACCGCGCCAAACCGGCCACCCGCGGCGAAAUGACCCAGUUCCAUACCGACGAUUACAUCGACUUCCUCCAAAAAGUCACCCCUGACAACAUGGAUAGCUAUAUGAGAGAGCAGGGCAAAUACAAUGUCGGAGAUGAUUGCCCCGUGUUUGACGGCCUUUUCGAAUUUUGCGGCAUCAGUGCUGGCGGCAGUAUGGAGGGCGCAGCGCGUCUCAACCGGCAAAAAUGCGACAUUGCCAUCAACUGGGCCGGCGGCCUGCAUCACGCCAAGAAGUGCGAAGCCAGUGGUUUCUGCUACGUCAAUGACAUUGUUCUCGGAAUCCUCGAACUUCUUCGAUUUAUGAAGCGCGUGCUCUACAUUGACAUUGAUGUUCACCACGGUGAUGGCGUCGAAGAGGCUUUCUACACUACCGACCGUGUCAUGACCGUGUCAUUUCACAAAUAUGGCGAAUAUUUCCCGGGUACCGGCGAGCUGCGCGACAUUGGAAUCGGCCAGGGCAAGAACUACGCCGUCAAUUUCCCUCUCCGCGACGGCAUCACCGAUGAAUCGUACAAGUCCAUUUUCGAGCCCGUCAUUGAGAAUGUCAUGAAGUACUUCCAGCCAGAGGCUGUUGUCCUGCAAUGUGGCGGUGACAGUCUUUCCGGCGAUCGUUUGGGCGCCUUCAACCUGAGCAUGGACGGACACGCUAACUGCGUCAACUUCGUCAAGAGCUUCAACCUGCCCACAUUGGUCCUCGGCGGUGGUGGCUACACCAUGCGCAAUGUGGCUCGAACCUGGGCAUUUGAGACCGGUGUCCUGGUUGGCCAAGAGAUGGACCGGGCCCUACCAUACAAUGAGUAUUACGAAUAUUAUGCUCCCGAUUUUGAACUUAAUGUUCGAGCAUCCAACAUGGAAAACUCCAACAGCAGGGAGUACCUGGAGAAGAUUACCGCUGCCGUCAUUGAUAAUCUCCGCCAGACCGGCCCGGCCCCAUCAGUCCAGAUGCAAGAUGUCCCCCGUAAGUUUGGUGGCAUGACUGAUGAAGAGGAAGCCGAGCUGGACGACCUUGAUGAGGACGAGAACAAAGACGUCCGAAUGACUGAGCAUCGCUGGGACAAGCGUGUCCAACACGAGAACGAAUUCGAGCCCAGUGACGAUGAAGACCUGGCUGCCGCAAAUGGAGUGACUCCUCGGAAUGGCAACAACAAGAGAAGCUAUACAGAUUUCCGCAAGGGAGAAAAUGAGGACAACAGCGCGCGCGCUUCCCCUGCCGUUGCUGCUGAUGCUUCCACAAAUGGCGGUGCCGCCGAAGGCCCAGCUGCAGAGGAUUCUCAGGAUAUCAACGACGACACCAUCGAAGACUUUGCUGCAGGCGAGCAGGAGAAGGCGUCUGUUGAUAAGAAGGCAAAGUCUAAGGAACCCGAAAAGGAAAAGGAGACCGAAAAGGAAGAUGAAGAAGAAAAGGAAACCGAGAAAGAAAAGGAAGAGGCCAAGGUGGAUGAGGAUGGAGAUGUUGGCAUGGCUGACUCGGAGCCUAAAGAAGAGAUGACCAUCAAGAAGGAGGAUGUUGAGCCUGAACCGGCGCCGGAGCGAGUCCCCAGCAAGAGCCCCAUGGUGGAGGAGAAGACGACAGAGGAAUCCGAAACGACCGCUGCUCCUGCUCCUCCUACCGAGCCUGCUGAACCUGCUGACAAUGCCGAGCCUGCUAAAGAAGCAGCUGUUCAGGAAGAGGAAAAGCCUUCUGAGGCCGAACCAGAGAAGAAAUCCCCCGAGCCAUCUUCCGAUGCCAAGGAGAAGGAGGCAGAGGCCCCCGACGCCAUGGAAGUUGACCAAGAAAAGGAUGAAGAAGAGCCAAAGAAGGCCAGCACACCUCCCGCCUAG